AUGGCCCCCGGCACCGCUAGCCUGGUGCUGAAGCCGGCGUGCGACGCCUGCGGCAAGGCCUCCGACCUCUACGGCACGGCCUGCCGCCACGCCACCGUCUGCAGCUCCUGCGGCAAGGCCAUGGCGCAAGCCCGCACGCGCUGCGCCGUCUGCGCCGCCCCCGUCACCAACCUCAUCCGGGAGUACAAUGUGCGGGUGGAUACCACCGCGGAGAAGGCCGUCUGGAUAGGCAAGUUCGCCACCAGUUUACCGCCCUUCUCGGAGAAGAAGAUUGCGGGGAACCACUGGUCUCUUCGUAAGGAUGGCCCCGAAGGACGACAGCUUACUGCCACUAUGCGGGAGAAAUACUACAGCAGAAAGCCAUGGAUAUUGGAAGAUGGAACAGGGGAACAUCGGUACCAAAGCCAACUCGAGGCAUCACAGUCUGCUACCCCUACAUAUUAUUUGCUGAUGAUGCACGGCAAGGAGUUCCAUGCUGUUCCUGUUGGUUCCUGGUAUAACUUCAGUAAAAUCGCACAAUACAAACAGCUGACUUUGGAAGAAGCUGAAGAGAAGAUGAAAAGAAGGAGAAGCAGCACAACUGGGUAUGGACCAUGGAUGAUGAAGUUGGCUACACAUGGACCUGGUGCCUUUGGUUCCGAGUUCAAAAACCUUGAUGAAGCAAAUGACAAGGUCCGAUCCAAGAAAGAAAAUACGAACAAGGAUGGGUAUCACCCUGACAAAGGGGAGGAGGACGAAGAAGCCAGAGCUCCAAGGAGAAAUGCCCAUGGGCUUUCUACUAAGGGCGUGGAUGAUGAUGAGGAGGAAGAUGAGAUAGAAGACUUUGAUUUUGAUGCUGAAAUUGAGAUAGGUGAUGAUUGGGAGCAUGAAGAGGCCUUCAGUGAUGAUGAUGAGAAUCCUUAUGUUGACCCAGAGGUAAGACCUGAUUUAUCUGAUACUGAAAACCCUGCUCCACAAGAAAUUAAGCAGGAUGAUGACGAGGAUGAACAAGGAGUGGGUGGCCUGAGCAAGUCCGGUAAGGAACUUAUAAAACUUCUCCGUCGUGCUGAUGGACAAAGUGAAUCUGAUGACGAUGACCAAGAAGACACUAAUCAGGAAGAUGAGUCGCCAUCUCCAGUACUUGCUCCAAAACUGAAAGAUGAAUGCAAAUGUGAACCACAGGAAAACAACCCUGCUAAACUAACAACAACUGGACUUGCUAUUUACACUCCAGAUGCACCUAGCUCCAAUCGGAAAAGGGGAUCAGUGGGUGAUGAUUCAAAAACAUCUAAUGGUGCAGCGCUGAAGAAGCCAAAGAUUGAACCUGAAUCUAAGACAUUGGGUAUCAAGGAGCAGCCUGUUUUAAACAUAUUUCCUCUAGAUGGAUUUGACACAAACACAUCUACAGUAACAGAGGAGGAAAUCACAAGAGUACUUAUUGCGUUUGCUCCUGUGGCAAUGCAAGAUUUUGUCUCCAGAUUUAGGCCUAGACUCAGAACUCCAGAGGACAAGAAACAUUUUUCUGAAAUCGUGACGAAAAUAACAAGAGUGGGUAAGACCAAUGGCAGCAGCUACAUUUACCUUCGAGAGGCAUUUGCUACAGCAGGAAGUGACACAAACACAUCUACAGUAACAGAGGAGGAAAUCAGGAGAGUACUUUUUGCGAUUGCUCCUGUGGCACCGCAAGAUUUUGCCUCCAGAUUUAAUCUCAGACUCAGAACUCCAGAGGACAGGCAACAUUUUUCUGAAAUUGUGAAGAAAAUUGCCAAAGUGGAUAAGAUCAAAGGCAGCAGUUAUAUUUGCCGUCGAGAGGCAUUUGCUUCGGCAGGAAGUGACACUAACACAUCCACAGUAACAGAGGAGGAAAUCAGGAGAGUACUUAUUGAGACUGCUCCUGUGGCAAUACAUGAUUUUGUCUCCAGAUUUAGGCCUAGACUCAGAACUCCAGAGGAUGAUGAUGAGGAUGAACAAGGAGUGGGUAGCCUGAGCAAGUCCGGUAAGGAACUAAAAAAGCUGCUCCGUCCUGCGGAUGGACAAAGUGAAUCCGAUGACGAUGACCAAGAAGAUACUGAUCAGGAAGAUGAGUCACCAUCUCCAGUACUUGCUCCAAAACUGAAAGAUGAAUGCAAAUGUGAACCACAGGAAAACAACCCUGCUAAACUAACAGCAACUGGACUUGCUAUUUGCACUCCACAUGUACCUAGCUCCAAUCAGAAAAGAAGAUCAGGGGGUGAUGAUUCAAAAACAUCUAAUAGCCCAGCGCUGAAGAAGCCAAAGAAAGAACUUGAAACAAAGGCAUUGGGUGUCAAGGAGGAGCCACUCUCUUCAUUGCAACCUAUUUCAAAAGCAUUUGCUUCAGCAGGAAGUGUGACCAACACAUCUACAGUAACAGAGGAGGAAGUCAGGAGAGUACUUAUUGCGACUGCUCCUGUGGCAAUACAUGAUUUUGCCUCCAGAUUUAGGCCUAGACUCAGAACUCCAGAGGACAAGCAACAUUUUUUUAAAAUUGUGAAGAAAUUUGCCAAACUGGAUAAGACCAAAGGCAUCAGUUACAUUUGCCUUCGAGAGGCAUUUGCUUUGGCAGGAAGUGACACUAACAAAUCUACAAUAACAGAGGAGGAAAUCAUGAGAGUACUUAUUGCGAUUGCUCCUGUGGCACCGCGAGAUCUUGUCUCCAGAUUUAGGCCUAGAUUCAGAACUCCAGAGGAGAAGCAACAUUUUACUGAAAUUUUGAAGAAAAUUGCCAAAGUGGAUAGGACCAAAGGCAGCAGUUACAUUUGCCUUCGAGAGGAGUACAGAUAAACAGACAGUUAACGUACCUGUAUAUGCCAUUAUAUACCCUUCUAAACUUGAAUGCAUUACUUGUGAAAACUGAUGUAGAGUACGUCGGUGUAACUGGUUGCCUAUUCUUUUCAUGCCAGCUUCUAAUAACCACAAAGGAGUUUCGUUC